GCGCGGGCAGCGCGGAGCGCGGCGGCGGCGGCCCCGGUCGGUCCCGGGUCCGGGUCCGGGUCCCAGUCCCGGCCCAGCGCGGCCCCAUGUUUUCGCCGAGCCAGGAGGAGCACUGCGCGCCCAACAAGGAGCCUGUCAAGUACGGCGAGCUCGUCGUGCUCGGGUACAAUGGCUCCCUGCCUAAUGGUGACAGAGGACGUAGGAAAAGCAGAUUUGCUCUCUACAAACGACCCAAGGCUAAUGGAGUCAAACCUAGUACUGUUCAUGUGAUUUCUACACCCCAAGCAUCCAAGGCCAUCAGCUGUAAAGGUCAGCACAGUAUCUCUUACACGUUAUCGAGAAACCAGACGGUUGUAGUAGAGUAUACACAUGAUAAAGAUACAGAUAUGUUUCAGGUUGGCAGAUCAACAGAAAGCCCUAUAGACUUUGUUGUAACAGAUACCAUUUCUGGCAGCCAAAAUAAUGAUGAAACUCAGAUCACACAAAGCACCAUAUCCAGGUUUGCAUGCAGGAUUGUCUGUGACAGGAACCCACCAUAUACAGCAAGAAUUUUUGCAGCAGGAUUUGAUUCUUCUAAAAACAUAUUUCUUGGGGAAAAAGCAGCAAAAUGGAAAAACCCUGAUGGACACAUGGACGGAUUAACAACCAAUGGCGUGCUGGUCAUGCAUCCAAAAGGAGGCUUUACAGAAGAGUCUAAACCUGGAGUGUGGCGUGAAAUCUCCGUCUGUGGUGAUGUGUAUACUCUACGAGAAACCAGAUCUGCCCAACAGAGGGGGAAGCUAGUAGAAAACGAGACCAACGUCCUACAAGACGGCUCUCUCAUUGACCUGUGCGGAGCCACCCUUCUGUGGAGAACGGCAGAUGGCCUCUUUCACACACCGACUCAGAAACACAUCGAAGCCCUGCGACAGGAGAUAAAUGCUGCCAGGCCACAGUGCCCCGUUGGGCUGAACACUUUAGCGUUUCCCAGCAUUAACCGCAAAGAUGUAGUAGAAGAGAAGCAGCCUUGGGCUUACCUCAGCUGUGGCCACGUGCACGGGUAUCAUAACUGGGGACAUCGCAGUGACACAGAAGCCAAUGAGCGGGAGUGUCCCAUGUGCAGAACCGUUGGGCCCUACGUGCCUCUCUGGCUUGGUUGCGAGGCAGGGUUUUACGUGGAUGCCGGUCCUCCAACUCAUGCUUUCACCCCUUGUGGACAUGUGUGUUCUGAGAAGUCGGCAAAAUACUGGUCUCAGAUCCCACUGCCUCACGGUACUCAUGCAUUUCAUGCCGCUUGCCCUUUCUGUGCAGCACAGCUGUCUGGGGAGCACAACUGCGUCAAGCUAAUUUUCCAGGGUCCAGUUGACUGAUACCAUUUUGCAGAUGACCACAAUAACAUUUUCUUUGUUAACAAUUUACUGUGAAGAUUUUGCCACUAACUCUAGAUUUUACAUUUUUAUAAUGUUAUUAAUCGGGUAAUGGGGGGAGGGCUGUCAGGGGGGAUGUUGAAGGGUGGGGUUAACACGGGGAGACAUUGAUACCUGGAACCUGGCAGAUAUCAGUGGUGUUGCAUGCUCAACAGCGGCAUAUUCAUUGAAGUUGUCUCGGUUAAAUUGUAGUAUAUUUGUAAUCUUUUUAUUAGCACCCUUGAUCAGAGAAAAAGAUGUCUUAAUGAUUUUUUUAAUCCUUGGAUUUUUUAAUGGAAGGGUUUUUUCAUCUAAACUUUGACAAGCCUUUAAAACCUAUUUUUCAAAUCAAGAAAGAACAUGCAGAUUGUAAUUUGUCUUUCAUUUGCAAUGUUGUUAACUUGAAUAGUUUCUCAAGGAGCCAACGCAGAAUGCACGGACAGCUGCAGGUGAAUGUUCACAAGACACAACUGUCAAUUUGGGUUGAGACAUGAAAGAUUAGCUGCAAAAAUUGUUGCAUAUAUAAAGCUGUUAAAGUUACCUGCUAGGAUAAAAUACAGCUCACCAAAAAGGAUUGAGGAUUACUUGAAACUGGGGAAUUCCUGUUUGCUUUGAUUUCCUUUCAAUAUAGUGGAUAACCAGUAUUCGUGGUAUACAGUUGAUCUUUUUUAACCUGCAUCUGGUGCAACUGAAUUACUUUUACAUGCUGUUGUUUAAGCCUUUUACAAGAAUUUCUGUAUACUUGUAGCCCUGCCUUUGCUUUCUUUCUGCUUGGUGUAGUUUUCCCCUUGCUGCUUACUUGCAUGCCUGGAACAAUUGGGUUAAUGAAGAUGUAGCAACCCUUUAAAACUGUAUUCAUGAAGGGGUAGCACUGCAGUUAAUAGAAAGAAAGUUGAGGUACUGUUAUACAGAAUGUAUGCACAUAGACCUGAAUCUAGCAAAGCACUUGGCAUGUGCUUAAAUUUAAACUUAAAUAGCCCUAUUGACUUCAGUGGAACUACUGGCAUUAAGUGCUUCACUGGCCUGGGGCCACAUACUGCUGUCUUUUUAAAUACAAAAGUCUAGUUGAGGAUAAGCUACUAUUUUUUAAGCUCACUUACUAGCCACAGUGCUGUAAGGAGAGCAUCCUUCCUACUCUAACUGCAAUUUUUAUUCCUUUUUUGACUUACUGCCACCUGUCACCAUUCCUUGCAGCCUGAGAAGUGCUGGUCUCCUCCCCCCCAAUAAUUGUUUGUAAAUCAAACAAAAUUCAAAUGUAAUCAUUAAAUACACACAUCAGAGUGGUACAUCUGCAGUAGAUGAUUUGAAAUUUCUAAUUUUUUUUAAGAGAGCAAAUAAAUGUUUACUGUGGAAAUAAUUAAAUCAGAAUUUCAUAUGAGAUCUACCAUCCCAUUCUGUCAGCGUUAUUUCAUUUAGAAUAAUAUUUCUUUGAUCCUUGCUCUCUGUACUCUUAGUAUCUGAGGUAUCAAUCUAUCCAGGUUGAAAAAGACUUUGGGAGAAAAUCAUCACAUGUCUGAAGUGACUUUGAUUACUCACAACUCAGUUCUGUUAAACCGAUUGCAGCUUUUUUUUUGCUAUAUUUGUGCCCUUUGUAUAAAUAUAUAAUUUAUAUGAUUUUAAUAUAUUGUGUAUAUAUAUACUUGAAUUGGCCUGUUCAUAUUUCGGUUGUAAAAUUGUUUUAUAGUUAACCUUUUAAACAUUUUAAAUGUCCUUCACCUAUGGAGACAGGACAUAACUUGUCUGCUGCUGUUUAAUAUAAUUUUGCUGUAUAAAAUUCAGCAUUUUAAUAAUUUGAAAAUAGCUUUACUUUUUCUAUUAUUUUUUUUUGCUUUGUUUUUCAACAUCCUUCUUUUUUGCUGUACAACUUUCUGUUUAUUCUGCAGUACAAAUCCCAAAUGGUCCGGUUCGCUCGUCCCACUCAGUGAUUGGAAAUAGGGCAAAUCUUGUUCGCCUCGAACUCGACGCCUCUUCCUAGUGCCUUUUCUCUGAGAUCAUCUUGUGAUUCUGUAUUCGGAGUCCUUACUUCCACAAGGCAGCCUUGUGGCUAACGUUCCACCAAGAAGGGCAACUCAACCAGACGGGGGAAAAAACAAUUGCUUUCAUUUCUGGCAUAACUGUAAGAGGGUGCCUCUUCCCUAAUCUGUCUUCAGCAUAAUUUCCUCAGGUCCCAUAUGCAUCCUUUCUACUAAGCAUAUACCUCAUCUGUGGAAGCCAGUUCCACCUUGUUCAUACUGGACUUCGUUACCGAUGGAUCUUUUUGUCACAAGACUUCACAAAUGAAAUCACACUUUCAGGUAAAAACUUGUAUUCUUGUCGCCAUGUCACAAGACCUAAUAAUUGUCAGUAGAGAGAAACACAGAUAGUCAGAGCCUUAGAGUUUGUUGGUAGGUGGUUUCCCUCCCCCCUCAAAAAAAAAAUCUUUGCACUCCUAAGCCAACAGUACACCAAGAUGGUAACCCUUCUGUUAGGCUUGUCUGCUCAAGAAUUGCAUGCAUCGUUUCCCUGCCAGGAUUAAAUUAUCUGCAGUUGUACCAUUCCAUAGCACCUCCAAACCGAAUCGUUUUAUGUUCUUCUUUGUCAUUAUAACCCAGAUGGGGGAACUGAUCUUCUUCUCCCCCCCUGCUUCCUUGCGCUGACAGACUUGUGCAAAGUGGUUUUAACGCGUUACUCUUCUGACCUGCAGUAUUGGCUCACCCACCUUGCUAGGGUGUGAACGAUGCUGAAAUGACUAACUUUGCGGUAUCCCUUUUAAAGACCGUGUCCCAGCUGGGACCUUACGGUCCCUCCGUUCUUAUUGUCCACAGGCUUGAAUUAACACAAGAAAAACUGCUGCGAGAAGAGAAGCAGUGUCCUAUUUGGCUGGGAAACCAAUUUACACAAGUUCAUUUGACUCCAAGAAAUCCCUCCCUGACUAGUGGUUGGAGUUCAAGAGUGUCUUCCCACACCUGCAUUCGUGUGGAGUUAAAUGGCUUUGAGGAAAAUCCAUUUCUUUCUGGAUUAAUGAGAUUUGUUUGGUGUUAGUCUCCUGUCGCAGGGAUGGGUAAACCUGCCAGCCAGCCCCCACUACAUAAAAAAGGAACUUGCAGAAAAUACAUCUGCAGGCAGAAAAAAAAAAUGCUUUUAUUUCCUGAUCUAAAUGACCGUCCCAUUGAAUUUGCGUCUGAGCUUUGCAAAUCUUUUUUUUUUUUAAGUCAGCAAUAACAUAUUGCAUAAGUAGCACUUUUUUUUUUUACCAGUUAUUGUCAGCUCCACAUGAGUACAAGUUAGAGCUAUUUGAAGCACAGCUAACUCAAAAGUAUUUAUCUAGUCUGUCUGUCUUUUUUUCCCCCUUAAAUCUCUGCUUGUCAGCUUGUGCAAGCUGGAGUUCUAACAUUCUCCUCUUUUUAAGCAGCUUUUUGGAAAGAGUGCUAAAGUCAACACUCGGAGCGCAGAAUUAAGCUUAUUUUUCUUGAAUUUUGGUCCAAAUUAAGCAAUUUUUGGGUAGAGUAAUGCAUAUUAAUCGUGACUAUUUUUAAUUGUGAAGAAUGGUCAUUUUGUGCCUCAGAGUAGCCUGGCGUAGAUAGUUAGAGAACAAAUCCUUUCCUUUUUUUUCUUUUUUUUUCUGUGGGAUGGUGGGGAGGGAAGUGGGAAAAGGAGGAGAAAGCCAUGGACAACAGACUGGCUCUAUUAGGAGCAGCAAACCAAUUCUGAUGCAAAAACAAGCCAUGAUUGUAGCUGAGUUGAAUUUUUUUUUUGUCAUGCAUCUUUUAGAGUUGAUUGUCCCAAUAUAGUUGGAAAUUAAAAGAAUCCUUUUUAGCAACAAGACCCACAGAGGCUUAUUGCUGUUUUGAACAAAAUAAUAUUUUGGUACUCCUCAUUCCUGGGUCUGGAAUAUGAGGCACCUGGGUCAGGGUCUGGCCAGGGUGCAGUCUCUGUUUUUGAGAGACUGUGUUGUGUUUGUGUGUGUGUAACGUUUUUUUUCACGCAUGCCCCCCCAAUCAGAGUAGCCAAAACAUAAAUUGCAGUAUUUGAACUUUGAUAGCUCUCUGGCCAGGGCUGUUAGAGCAUUUGAUAAGCUAAUUCCUUGCCCACAGUUCAAGUGCUUAAAGGGUACCAUUGGGAAUGGACAGUUCCUCAAAAGAGAGCCCUAAAAAGUAAUCCACUCUUUUCCCCCUUCUUGAUAGCCAUGGCAUUAAUCAAGUCUAGCGCAGAAGAUCAGCUAUUAGAGUGCAUCAGCUGGCCCUCGUCAGUGCUAAUGGAAGGCAUCAAUGUGCAUUUCAGCUUAGUAACAAACCUGAUGUGCCCUGCUCUUUCCUUUUUCAUUAAAGGUGAACUGCAGAUGUGCACUCAGCAUAAGAUGCAUCCAUUAUUUAUUGUCUGGUAUAAAGGAUGGAGAGAAAUGUUAGAUCUGGUCUUCCUUGAUGUUGCUGGUGGCUCCUGGUCUCAGAUGUAGUGUAGAAACCCAACACCUCCGCCCUUCAAUUAGAGGUGUGAGAACCUAAACAGCUUGAGAAAAGGAGUUCAGUUGAACCUCUUAACUCAAAUGGAUGCUAACAGCACCCAGUCGUUCGAAAUAUUCUGGCGGAAGGUGCUUUCCGCUGUCUCUCUGUUGCUCAGCUUUCAGUCUUGUUUGCUGUCUUAGACUUGAGCUCUGGCCCCUUAGAUGAACAUCUGUUCAGGUGGUGGCUGCUGCAGUUUCCAUCAAGCCCUGUCCAGCCACAAGGCUCUUCAUCUUGCCUGGCACCAGCUCGCUUCGAUAAAUAGAGUUAGAGGGGAGAGAGACUGGCGCAGCUCGUGUCAGAAAAAGAGCAGGGAAUAGGUUUCUAGAAAACAACCCUGCCAGCCGAACUUCAGUCUUCAUGAAGAGGCAAACAGGAGGCACAGACUUUUUUCCAGGUCAUCUCUAAUUCCCAUGUAUUAUACUUCCCAUUUUAAAGAUUCUCCAAAGCUGGUAUUAGGAAAAGUAAUGGAUAACCCUGAUCUAUCGGGUUCUUGAUGCAAACUAAACUCCUGGUAACUUCAGCUGACAUCUUGGUCUUGCAUGAACCACCGAAUCUGGCCCCUUGUUCCUGCCUGAGAAGUAGCGGAAGGAUAAUUUCACCUUCAGCCUUAGCGGAAGGAAAAUGAACACAUGUGUUUGCUAGCAGCAGAGCAAAAGUAGAAAUUGCUGAGACAACCAAACAGAAGUUACUGUGAAGAAAGCAGUGGCUCUUCAAUCUUUUAAUGGGGCUUAUUUAUAUUUUCCAGUUGGGAUGUUAAGCUUCAGGUACCUGGGGUUCCUUGAGUUUGUACUAUGGGCAACUGAUAGAUUAAUAUAAGCAUUGUUUUCCACCUCUAUCAAAUGCAUUGCUAAGAGAAAGUCUAUGUAAGGCUAUCCACCUCCUUGUUAAACAGCUCUAGGAAAAGCCUCACUCAAGCAGCAGGCCCUGUAGCAUGGGGAAGUGGCUAUGUUUACCUUACACAGUGUUGCCGGUUGUUCAAUUUUCUGGGUAUAUUUGUAAAAUCAGUCUUUUAUACACCAUGUGAAAUGGAUUAAAAAAUGAUCUCUUCACUGUUGUACCUGUGGAAGUACAAGCCAUUUGACAGGAAAUGUUCAAAAAUAUUAAAAUGUUAUCUCGGUAUUGCCUCUGACUCCUUUUUAAUUUUUUUUUUUUCCCUUUCAGGCUGUCAAUUAAAAUACUAUCGUUGACACUUUAAAAAAUCCCUAUCUGAGAACUUGGUGCAUCAGGGUAGUGGGAUGUAUUCAAGUGUUGAGUGCUCUGAAAUUUCAGUUAAUUCCUUUUCCCCCUGUUUUCCAUUGAAUGCUGCUCAUGCUUUCAAUGCUGACUGCCUUCUUACGGUGUUAACAUCAUUGGUAAAUAAAAGCAAUUUCCAGGAAUAA